CGGAAAAGUACGAGACCACUGUCACUUGUCUGGACAGUAUCGUCAAACUAUUUGCAACAGAUGUAAUCUGACAUUGCAAAUUUCGUACCGUGUUUCCUUCACAAUUUAAGCAAUGAUGAUGCUCACUUCAUUGCCGUGGAGCUGGGAUAUGAUGAGCGCAGUACAACAGUGAUUUCUAAAAGCGAGGAGAAAUUCAUCUCAUUCAGCAAAUAUAUUUCAAACAAAUUUACCCUUCGAUUUAUAGACACUUAUAGAUUCAUGACUUCAAGCUUAUCUACACUCUCGAAAAAUUUAAUUACACCAGGAUUUGAUAAGUUUAGGGAAACUUCGAAACAUUUUGCCCGUGAUGAUAUGGCUUUUGUAACACGGAAGGGGGUGUAUCCAUAUGAGUACACAGAUGGUUGGGGGAAAUUGGAUGAAGCUACACUACCAACAAAAGAGUCUUUCUAUAGCACACUAACUGAGGAAAAUAUAAAAGACAUGGAAUACCGACACGCCGAGAAAGUUUGGAGGCAUUUUGAUUGUAAGGCUCUAGGCGAGUAUAGCGAUCUAUAUUUGAAAAUAGACGUAUUACUGCUAGCGGAUGUCUUUGAAAACUUUCGAGACAUAUGCCCGACAACAUAUAGCCUCGAUGCGGCAUUUUAUUACACUGUUCCUGGACUAAGCUUUGACGCGUGUUUGAAAUUCACCUCCAUAAAACUAGAACUUUUAUCUGAUUAUGAUAUGUUGAUGAUGUGUGAAAAAGGUAUACGUGGAGGUCUUACACAAGCAAGCAUGCGUUAUGGGAAGGCGAAUAAUCUGAAAACACCUGAAUACGAAACGAGUAAACCAGAUUCAUGGAUAAUUUAUCAAGACUGUAAUAACUUGUAUGGCUGGGCAAUGUCCGAGUACAUACCAUAUGGUGGCUUUGAAUGGAUAGAACCUACACUUGACGGAUUAGAAAAUUUAAACGAUACUUCAGAUAUAGGACGGAUGUAUGAGGUCGACAUAGAGUAUCCACAGCGUUUACAUGACGAUCAUAAUGAUCUGCCAUUCUUACCGAACAGUGGUAUACCACGUGGAUCUAAAAUAAAGAAACUCAUGGCGACACUAGAAUCUAAAGAACGUUAUAUUGUACACUACCGUAUUUUGAAACAGGCGAUGGCAAAUGGUUUGAAAGUGAAAAAGGUUUACAGGGUAUUGCAGUUCAAACAGUCUAAAUGGCUUGCCAAUAUAUUAAUUUAA